AUGAGUUUGGGAGGAGGAGAGGUAUUCAGUGCGAGCGAGUUGGGGAUAGCAGUGGAGCGGAGGGAGGGGUGGCGCGAGGGUGUGGGGGGGCUGCUGAGAAAGGUGGCGGGGGGUAGCAAGGACGAGAGCACAGCAGGUGCUGCUGCUGCUACAGGGGCUGGUGGCAGGCGCAGUGGCGGUGUGGGGGGGCAGCAGCACAGCAGCUUGACAGGGGGGAGUGGGGCGGAGGCGGGAGAGAGGGGUGCGGGGGGCGCGGGGGAGGCGAGGGCGGAGAGGCGGGCGCGAUACGCCCUGAGGGGCGUGCAGGGCAGCCGGUUGCGAGAGCGUGCGUUUAGACAGCGGUGGGGGGCAGGUGGAGCGACGCCUGUGGUGGAAGAGGGUGAGGAGGAGGGCGAGGAGAGCGAGGGAGGUGUGGAGGGCGAGAGAGGGGUGAUGGAUGGGAAGGGUAGGAGAGCGAGUAGUGAGGUGGAAAGGAGGCUGGCGGGCAAGGGGGAGGUGGUGGAGGCCAAUGGGAGGACAAACGCAGAGCUGAAGAGUGAGGGGAAGGGGGAGAGUAAUGGAGAGGAGGGAAGUGGGGUGGAGAGAAAGGGCGAGGGAAGGAUGAAAGAGACGGAACAGGAAAGGGGGAAGGAGAAAGAGGAGAUGAGAAGGAGGAGUCCGGGAGACGAUUCAAGCGCGAGUCAGGAGCGAAUAGGAGGAGAUGAGGAAGUGCAGGGGAGAUGUCGCAGGGCGGAGCAGGAGGAGGGGAGAGUAAGUGGCGGGACGGAUGAGGAGAGUGACCGGGGCGGGGGCGAGGACGACAGAAAGGUCCGAUGGAGGCAGGAGGAGGGUAUGGGCGGAGGAGGGGAGAGGGAGGGGCACAGCACAGCAAGGGAUGCAGAAGCAGGGAAGGGGAGCAGUGAUGGGGGCGGGGGCAGGGAUGGUGAGGGUGGGCGCAGUGAGGGUGGGCGCAGUGAGGGUGGGCGCAGUGAGGGUGGGCGCAGUGAGGGUGGGCGCAGUGAGGGUGGGCGCAGUGAGGGUGGGCGUGAAUUGACGAGCAAGUCGGGAUGGCAGAAGCAGCCUGGGCAAGAGGUGUGGGUGUAUGAGCCGCGUGGGGAAGAGAAGUUGAGGGUUGAGGCACGUUCCUCCACUGCCCCUCAGGAGCGCCCCUCAGUCACGCCACUGCAGCGCCCGUCGUCCCCUCAGCCCGCACUGCACAAGGCAGUAGGAGCAAGGGCGCCUGAGCAACGCAGCACACAUGCAGCCGCCCGUUCAGCCCACGUGCCUGUACCCCACCCUCACCCUGUUGCUCACCUUUCCCCUGCUCUUGACUUUUCCCCUGCUCAGGAAUCUCCCCUUGCCACGCCAAUGGCGCAGCAGCCAAUGGGCAGGGCGGGGUGUGAGGCAGGUGCAGCCCUGGACGGACGCAGUGUGGGUGUGUUACGGGGGGGAGGAGGGGCGGGCAGUGGGCGCAGCAGUGAGGAGCAUGGGAGUGGCAGGUCGAGUGGGAGUGUGGGUGGGAGUGGCAGGUCGAGUGGGAGUGUGGGUGGGAGCGGGAGGUCGAGCGGCAGUUUAGGUGGGAGUGGCAGGGCGAGCGGCAAUGUGGUUCGGCGUGGGAGAGCUAGUGGGAGCGCGGAGAGCGAUGCUAGUGGCGUGCAGUUGAGCGCAGAUGAGGGCGAGGGUGGGGGUGAAGGUGGUAGCAGGGGAGAGGAGCGACAGCGGGAGAGGAGCGCAGCGGGAGAUAGGGGGAAGAAGGGGAAGGAGAGAGAGGUGGGGAAGAAGGGAGGGCAGAGGAGGAAGGUGGAUGAGGAGGGAGUGGAGGGAGAGAAGGGAGUGGAGGGAGAGAAGGGAGUGGAGGGAGAGAAGGCAGAGCGGAAUCCUGGGGACGAGGGCACGGAGGAAGCGGAAGAGGUGGAGGCUGAGAGGGUGGGAGCAGAAGGGGAGGAGUGUGGCGAGCAGGGGGGGCAGCAUAAGAAGCAAGGGAGGGGCUCACAUGGCCUUGCGCACGCUGAGGUGAGCAGGAGUGGCGGCUCAUGCAAGAAGAAAAGACAUGAUGCGGAACACAAAAAGGGUUAUGAGAGGUCCGGAAGCAAGGAGAGCAGCCGGCAUGAGAGCAGUAAACACGAGAGCAGCCGGCACGACAAGGGCCGUGAGGAAGGACAUGCGGUGGAGCAUGGGGAGGGGAAGGAGCAGGAGGGUUCGACUCCGAAGCAUCCAGAAAAGAGCCCGAGGAAAGAAGGGAAGGCGUCUAAGAGCCCAAAGGGUGCAGCAGUGGUGAAGAGACCUAAGAGGUCAAAGAAGAGCCCACGAGGGGUGGAGAAGAGCCCAAAAGCGGUGGAUAAGCGGCAUGGAAGGCAUAAAAACAGAGACGAGGAGGGACUACCUGUGGAGCUGGUGGGAGGUGGCACAGCAGUGUGUGAAGCGGUUGAGAUGGGUGCGGUGGGGCAUGGGGUGGAAGUGAAGGGUGGAGCGCAGGAGCAUGCGGUUCUUGAGGGAAACACGAUUGAAGGGAAGGAGGAGAGCGGGGAAGGGGGGCGGGAACAGAGGAAAUUGAGUAUGGUGGGGGAGGGGGAUGAGAGUGGGACGAGGGAAGAGGAUAAGAAGAGGGAGAAGCAGCGGAAGGAGAAGCGGCACAGGAGGGAGGAGAAGCGAAAGCAUGGGGGGGAGAUAGGGGAGGGUGAAGCGGACAUGGGGAAGCACGGGGGGAAGAAUGAGGGGAAGAAAGGUAAAGAGGGGCGAACGAAAGGAGAGAGUUUGGGAGAGAAGGGCAGCCGUGAGGAGAAGGGCAGCCGUGAGGAGAAGGGCAGCCGUGAGGAGAAGGGCAGCCGUGAGGAGAAGCAAGGGGAGCACGGUGAGAGGAAGGGUCAUGGGAAGAAGAAGGACGGCGAACAUAGGGAAAAGAAGGGGAAGCACAGGGAAGAGAAAGGGAAGCAUAGGGAGGGGAAAGGGAAGCAGAAGGAGGACGAGGGUUAUCAUGGGAGAGAUUCUCGUGACACUGGGGCUGCCGAUGCGGCUCCCCCUGAUGCUGUCACCACUCGCACCUGUGGCGAUGGUGGUGGUGGCACUGACUCACAGCAGCACGCACAGGCAGCGUCACACUUGGAGGAGCUGCUUGGAGAUUCGAACAGCACCACUGUUGCCGGUGCUGCUGCUGCUGCUGGUGCUGCUGGUGCUAUAGUGGGUGGUGAUGCGCAUGGAGGUGCGGUUCUGGACGGCAGCCGGGGCCUGCAGGCAUGGGAGCAGCAGGGAUGGGUGCACGAUGGUGGGCAUACACUGCUGUGUGGCGACGGGGAGGAGAGGGAAGAUGGCGAGGAGCAAGGGGAAAGCGGGGAGGGGGACGACGAGGAGGAGGAGGAGGAGUUGGAGGAAGGGGAGGAAGGGGAGGAAGGGGAGGAAGGGGAGGAAGUUGAAGAGGGAAAGGAGGGGGAGGAGGGCGAGGAGGAGGAAGAGGAGGACGAGGAGGGCAGGGAGGUGCAGGCGUAUGGCAUGGUGCCUGUAGAGGAUGCGGUGCUGCUGGUGGGACCGGUGGUGGAGGCACAUGAUGCACAUGAUGCAUGCGGUGAUGCAAGUGAUGGCGCUAGUGGGGACGCACCACAUGGUCAGCUGACUGGGGAGCGGAUGGAAGCAGAGCAGCAGGAGAAUGGUGAGCAAGAGGAGCACGAGCAGCAGCAGGGGCAGCAGAUGGAGCCGCUGCCGAUUGCGGAGUCCGUGCGGGCAGAGGAGGGGCGAGAGAGGGAAGCAGCUGCAGCAACAGCACGUCAUGGCUUGCACGCAGAAGCAGCCACUGUGGCAGAUACUGACGUGGCAGGUGCUGGCGAUGCAGAUCGUGAUGUGGCAUGUGGUGACAGCGCGGGUGAUGACAUGGCAGGUGGUGACGUGGCAGAUGAGGCGAGUGUGAGGGCAGAGGCUGUGGUGGAUGCGGCAUCAUUAGACGCUGCGAGGGAUGUCAGCCGGGGGGAUGCAUCCCAGCAUGCUGCCAGCCACGUGGAGAGUGGCAGCGGCAGCGAGGCGAGCAGGGAGGAUGGUGAGAGUGGUUCAGAGGGGGAGCAAGGCGCUGUGAGCGCAUGCAAUGAGGGGGAGGGGGAGGGGCAGGGCCGCAAGGCAGCGCUGCUCUCCCCUCUGCACCUGGGGUCGUUCAAGCUCUCUGCUUGGAGCCCUGGCAGUGCAGCAGUCGAGGGUACGAGAGGGGACAGCAUUGGCGCUGCCAUCAAGAGCACGGAGGAGCAGAGGAGCUUCCGCUUCCACCCCGCUAGCUCUCUGGUCAUCCACGUGCCCCGCACCGCGUCCCCCUCGCCCCCCCACUCCCCCGCCUCCUCCUCACCCUCCUCCUCCGCCCUGACUCCCGCUGCAACGACCUCCACGGCCCCUCUCACUCCCUCCACGCCGCUCACUCCCUCCACCCCUCUCACCCCUCGUCGCAGCAUCUUCACGCCACGCUCGCUGCUCUCUGCGUCGCUUGUCUUGCUGCCACGUCUUCAAAAGCUGACAGUUCACGAGUGUCGUCUCGUUCACCUGCCUGAAAGCUUUGCUUUUCUCAGCUGCUUGGAAACUCUUAGACUCCACUUUUGCAGUCUCGUUACCUUGCCCAGCAACUUCGGUGACCUGCCGGCCCUCAAACUGCUGGUGCUGGAGUAUUUGCCUCUCUCGGAACUCCCUGCUUCCUUCUGCCGUCUCACAUCUCUCGAGUCACUCUUUCUAACUAGGUGUGAAAUCCUCCACCUGCCAUCAGGUUUCGGCGGCCUCACAGCCCUCAAGACUUUCUGCUUCGCCAAUUCGAAAUUUCCCUUGCCAGGAGACUUUGGGGCCCUUGCAAGUCUGGAGGAACUCAUGCUGGUCGAUUAUAGAGAGCCCUUUCCUGCUUCAUUUACAGAGCUGUCUUCCUUGACCAGCCUUCAGCUGGAAAACUGCUCACAUGAGCUGCCGGAAGCCCUGGGGGAGCUGAGCAGCCUACGGGUGCUGAAGAUUCGAGAAAGCGAAAUCCGCACGCUACCUAUGUCACUCUUACAACUCACUCGGCUUCAAACCUUGCAUAUCAAUGGCUGCUCCGAACUUCCAGAACUACCCUCGAGGCUGGAUAUGCUCGUGGGGCUUAAAGCCAGGGUCUCAAGUACUACGAGUAUGCAACUGACGACGCUAUUGGUAGACGUCCGCGCGUCGACGCAUGGCGAAAUCGUCGCCCGCGCGUCUUCGCCUGGCAAUAUCGUCGUCCGCGCGUCGUCGCCUGACGAAAUCGUCGUCCGCGCGUCGACGCAUGGCGAAAUCGUCGCCCGCGCGUCGUCGCCUGGCGAAAUCGUCGUUUGCGCGUCGUCGCCUGACGAGAUCGUCGUCCGCGCGUCGUCGCCUGACGAAAUCGUCGUCCGCGCGUCGUCGCCUGGCGAGAUCGUCGUCCGCUCGUCGCCGCCUGGCGAAAUCGUCGUCCGCGCGUCGUUGCCUGACGAAAUCGUCGUCCGCGCGUCGUCGCCUGGCGAAAUCGGCACCCGCGAGUCGUCGCCUGGCGAAAUCGUCGUCCGCGCGUCGUCGCCUGACGAAACCGUCAUUCGCGUGUCCUACCACGGCAAAACCGUCGUCGUCCGCGAUUCGUGGCAUGGAGAUUGUGUCGUGUAUGAUAGUGUGGUGUCCGAUAGUGUGGUGUAUGAUAGUUUGGUGUAUGAUAGUGUGGUGUAUGAUAGUGUGGUGUAUGAUAGUGUGUAUGAUAGUGUGAUGUAUGAUAGUGUGGUGUAUGAUAGUGUGGUGUAUGAUAGUGUGGUGUAUGAUAGUGUGGUGUAUGAUAGUGUGGUGUAUGAUAGUGUGUAUGAUAGUGUGAUGUAUGAUAGUGUGGUGUAUGAUAGUGUGGUGUAUGAUAGUGUGGUGUAUGAUGGUGUGCUGUAUGAUAGUUUGGUGUAUGAUAGUGUGUUAUAUGAUAGUGUGGUGUAUGAUAGUGUGGUAUAUGAUAGUGUGGUGUAUGAUAGUGUGUAUGAUAGUGUGGUGUAUGAUAGUGUGGUGUAUGAUAGUGUGCUGUACGAUAGCGUGGCAUAUGAUAUGUGGUAUGGGACACUGUGGCAUAUCAUGGCAUGGUAUCCAACAUCGUGGCAUGCCGCAAUCUCGACCAUGGUGUGGCAUGGCAUAGUGUGGCAUGCCAUGCCAUGGUUUGGGUUCUGCUAUGUUGUGGGAUGGUAUGGUUUGGCAUUCCAUGCUGUGGCAUGUGUGGUUUGCCAUUGUGUGGCAUGUCAUGUGUGCCAUGAUAUGGUGUGUGGUGCCAUGGCAUGGUGUGACAAAGUAUGGUGUGCCAUUGUGUGGCAUGGCAUCAUGCCAGCUGCAGGCUGGCAAUCGCUGGAGGCAAGUGGAGCAUGA